AUGGGCGAGGACACGGACACGCGGAAAAUUAACCACAGCUUCCUGCGGGACCACAGCUAUGUGACUGAAGCCGAUAUCAUCUCUACUGUCGAGUUCAACCACACCGGGGAGCUGCUGGCCACCGGCGACAAGGGUGGCCGGGUCGUCAUCUUCCAGCGGGAACCGGAGAGUAAAAAUGCGCCGCACAGCCAGGGCGAGUAUGACGUCUACAGCACUUUCCAGAGCCACGAGCCGGAGUUCGACUAUCUCAAGAGUCUGGAGAUAGAGGAGAAGAUCAACAAGAUCAAGUGGCUCCCUCAGCAGAAUGCCGCCCACUCCCUGCUGUCCACCAACGAUAAAACUAUCAAACUAUGGAAGAUUACCGAACGUGAUAAGAGGCCCGAGGGUUAUAACCUGAAAGAUGAGGAGGGGAAGCUGAAGGACCUGUCCACGGUGACGUCACUGCAGGUGCCCGUGCUGAAGCCUAUGGAUCUGAUGGUGGAGGUGAGCCCCCGGAGGGUCUUCGCCAAUGGCCACACCUACCACAUCAACUCCAUCUCCGUCAACAGCGACUGCGAGACGUACAUGUCCGCGGACGACCUGCGCAUCAACCUCUGGCACCUGGCCAUCACCGACCGGAGCUUCAACAUCGUGGACAUCAAGCCGGCCAACAUGGAGGACCUCACGGAGGUGAUCACCGCGUCCGAGUUCCACCCGCACCACUGUAACCUCUUCGUCUACAGCAGCAGCAAGGGCUCCCUGCGCCUCUGCGACAUGCGUGCGGCCGCCCUGUGCGACAAGCACUCCAAACUAUUUGAAGAGCCCGAGGACCCCAGCAACCGUUCCUUCUUCUCGGAAAUUAUUUCCUCCGUGUCGGACGUGAAGUUCAGCCACAGCGGCCGGUACAUGCUCACCCGCGAUUACCUCACAGUCAAGGUCUGGGACCUGAACAUGGAGGCGCGGCCCAUAGAGACCUACCAGGUCCACGAUUACCUUCGGAGCAAGCUCUGUUCCCUGUAUGAGAACGACUGCAUUUUUGACAAGUUCGAAUGCGCCUGGAAUGGGAGCGACAGCGUCAUCAUGACCGGGGCCUACAACAACUUCUUCCGCAUGUUUGACCGGAACACCAAGCGGGAUGUGACCCUGGAGGCGUCGCGGGAGAGCAGCAAGCCCCGGGCGGUGCUCAAGCCGCGGCGCGUGUGCGUGGGCGGCAAGCGGAGGCGGGACGACAUCAGCGUGGACAGCUUGGACUUCACCAAAAAGAUCCUGCACACGGCCUGGCACCCGGCCGAGAACAUCAUCGCCAUCGCGGCCACCAACAACCUGUACAUCUUCCAGGACAAGGUGAACUCCGACAUGCACUAG